CCUGUUAGAAGAGAAUCACUUAGCUCUCUGCUUCUACAAGGCAGUACAGAGCCCGCUGGCUCCCUGCACCCACUGUGCCAGAAUAGGACCACACAGCCUGAAGUCCUCAUGCGAACGUCCGUGCAGUGAGAGCCAGCCAGAUCUUAUUGAAGAGAACUGAAAGACCGUCUUCAAGAUGGAAGAAGAAGAUACUCGGGAAAUUUUGCUCCCAAACUGGCAGGGGAGUGGGUCCAUGGGGAUUACCCUGGAUCAGAAUGACGAUGGAGUGUUUGUGAAACAGCUUGUGCAGGAUUCUCCAGCUGCAAAAACUGGAGUAAUGAAAGAAGGUGACCAGAUUGUUGGAGCCACUGUCUACUUUGACAACAUGUCAUCAGAAGACAUUCAGAGGUUGUUGGCCAAUGUAGGCCAUCAUACUGUGGGCCUCAAACUCCAGAGGAAAGGGGACCGAUCUCCUCAGCCUGGAAUGUCCUGGUCCCACGAUGUCUUCAGUCUGAAAAGUCCGGAUGUUGUUCUGAGUGGUGAUGAUGAGGAAUACAGACGAAUUUACACAAAAAAGAUAAAGCCACGCCUGAAGUCCGAUGAAAGUCUGGAACCAGAAACACAGACUAGGACAAUCACAGUUACCAGGAAAGUGACUGCUUACACAGUAGAUGUAACUGGAUCUAAAGAUUCUAAGGAAGUUGACAUCAGCAGUCCAGAGUAUAAGAUUAAGAUUCCCAGACAUGACAUAACAGAGUUCUCAAAAUCCAGUGUGGAUACUGGUGAGGGCAAAACGGUGAUUAAAAUCCCAGGUACUGAUGUAUCUGGCAAAACCUUUCAAGUGGGAGAAGAACAGCAUUUUGUAACAACCAGGACUGAACUCUCCCUCCCAGGAGACACGGUUAGUGUUCAAAGUAAAAAUGUCCGUUAUUAUGAACAAAGCGGAGGAGCGUCUGAUAUUCCCAGCAUCCAUACUGAUUCUUCUGUUCGGGUGACAAGUAGGUCUUCAGGAGUCACUGACUUUCCAGAUGUAAGUAUUUCUGGACCAAAGUUUCAGAGUUAUGAGCGGAAAAUAGAUUUCAAGACAUCCAGGUUUGAAAUGGAGAAAGAUUUCAAUCAGAGAAGUCCUAAUCUUGCCGGAGCUUCCUCUAUAGAUAUAGAUCUGAAAGGUCUGACUGUGAAAGGAAAAGAUAUUGACAGUACCAUGAAGUCUACAUUGGAUAUUAAUGCUCCCAGCUUAAGUCCUGGUUUUGAGGCUUCCAAAACUGGAUUUCAGUCAAGUGUAACUAUUAAAGGGCCUCAAUUUGAUGUAAAGAAACCACAAGGAUUUAAAGUGGAUAGCGCUGAUCGCCAACAAACUCAGUUUGGGAUUGCUUUGCCAACGGUUUCUGGGGAUAUGACCACAAAUAAUGAAGUGACUUUGACUCAAGGAGGGUUCGAGCUCUCUGCACAACAGGCAGAAAUAAGGGGUGCCUCAUAUGAAGGGGAAAUUAAAGCUGCAAAAAAUGAUUGGACUGUGCCUACUGUGGAUGUGAAAGCUCUUGAAAGAGACAGUGUAGUUUCUGGUGGGAAAAUACAACUUCCUCCAUUUAGGAUGCCAACAUUUGGAAAGAAAGAUGCUGUAGAAAGUGGUGUAAAUCGUCAGGCAUCUCUUGAUUCCCCUGCCAGUGCAAUAUCUCCUGAUAUUCAUCUAGGAAGUUCACAAUUAGAGGGUAAGAUUCAUGGUCCUGGUGUUAAUGUUAAAGCUUCUACUUUUGGCAUUUCCAGUCAUAAAUGGGAAACAUCUGAUGUUGAUGGAAAUGCAAACAUUGGUAUUGAUGUAUCUGGUCCUAAAAUGGACAUUAAGGAAUUAGAAGGAAAUUUAAAAGGUCCCACUUUUGAAACCUCAAAAAUCAAUGUGGACCUGCCCAAAGUGUCAGUGCCAAAUGUAGAUAUCCAGCUGCAAGGUGAUAAAGUAGAAUUCAAAGGUUCACAUGUGGCUCCUAAGUCAGAUUUUGAGGUUGAAUGUCAAGCGGGAACAAUAAAAGGUCCCACAUUUAAAAUACCAUCAAUGAAUGCUGAUUUACCAAAUGUUUCCAUAAACAAUGUUGAUCUAAAAGGCCCUGAAGGAAAGGUGACAAUGUCCAAGUUUGCACUGUCUUGUCCUGAGAUGGAAGGUUCACUUAUUUCUGAUAGCAUUUCAAAAGGAGAUGUUAAUGUGUCUGGUACAAGAAUAGGUAUACCAUCAGUAAAUGUGCCUCAGAUGUCUAUGUCUGAUUUUGAUGUGAACCUAAAAGGUCCUAGUUUGAAAGGGGAUGUUGAUGUUUCUGGUCCUAAAGUGUCAGGUUCUAUCAGAGAUCCCAUACUUGAUAUAAAGGGUCCUGAGUUUAACACCGGAAUCCCAGAUGUUGAUCUCAAAGAACCCAUCAAACAAAUACAAUUACCGAAGUUUAAAAUGCCAAAGUUUGGUAUAUCAGAACCAAAAGUAGACGCUCCAGAAAUGGAGGUUACAAUUCCAAAAGGUGAAAUUGAUAUUACUGGUCCCAGGAUUGCUGUUGAUUCCACUGAUAUUAAUCUUAAAGGUCCAAAAUGGAAGGGAGAAGCAGGAAUUUCAGAUCCCAAGCUUAAAGGGGAUUUGGAAGGGCCCAAAGCUGAUAUCAAAGGUGCUGUUGUUGAUGUUAACAUUCCACAUGUCAGUAUUGAUGGGGAAUUGAAAAGCUCUAAAUUCAAGAUGCCAACAAAGGAUCUGCCUAAAGUGUCCAUGCCCAUUAUUGAUUUAAAUGUAAAAGGCCCUAAACUGGAAAGGGAUUUAGAAGGUCCUACAGUUAACAUUAAGGAUCCACGCAUAGAUUUUGAAGCACCAGAUGUUGGUUUGAAAGAUCCAGAAGGAAAAUUUAAACUGCCCAAAUUCAAAGUACCUACAUUUGGGAUAAGGGGUACAAAUGUUAAAGGUGAUGUGGAUGUUAAACUUCCAAAAGGUAAAAUAGAUAUAUCUGGUCCAGAGGUAGAUAUGGAGUCUUCUGAAUUAGAUCUUGAGGGGAAAGUUAAAGGCUCUAGAUUUAAGAUGCCAUCUAUGCAUCCCCCUAAAGUGUCUAUGCCUGAUUUAGAUCUAAAUCUAAAAGGAUCUAAGAUAGAGGGGGAGUUGACAGGUCCUAAAGUUGACAUCCAGAAGCCAGAUGUCAAACUUGGCUCACCCAGUGUAGAUAUUGAUGUUAAUCUAAAAGGUCCAAAACUGGAAGGGGAUUUCAAAGGUCCAAAUCUUGACCUCAGGGCUCCAGAAGUUGAUUUCAAAGUGCCAGAUGUUGAUCUUAAAGGUCCAGAAGGAAAAUUUAAAAUGCCUAAAUUUGGGGUGUCUGGGACACAUGUAGAAGGUGAAGUAGAUGUUAAACUACCAAAAGGGAGCCUAGAUAUAUCUAGUUCCAAGGUAGAUGUUGAAGCUCCAAAUGUGGAUAUAGAAGGUUCCAAAGGGAAGGUAAAAGGUCAUAAAUGUAAUGUGCCAUCUAUGAAUGUCAGUUUACCUACAGCUACCAUGCCUGAUUUCGAUUUAAAUUUCAGAGGGCCAAAAAUUAAAGGAGAAACUCAUCUUUCAGGCCCUAAACUUGAAAGUGAAUUAAAAGGAUCACAGAUUGAUGUUGAGGUGCCAGACAUUACCCUUGAUGGAAAAGUGAAAGGUUACAAAUAUAAGAUACCUUCUGUGAAUGCCAAUUUACCACAAGUAUCAAUGCCAGAUGUAGAUCUAAACCUCAAGGGUGCUGACUGGAAAAAGAAUGUUGAUGUAUCUGUCCCAAAAGUAGAUCUACAAGGCCCCAAGCUUGAUCUAAAAAGUACAGAUAUCAAUUUAAAAAUGCCUGAGGCGAAUCUGGAAGGUACUGAAGGAAAAAUAACAAUUCCCAAAUUUAAAAUGCCUAAAUUUGGUGUCUCUGGGACGCAAAUUGAGGCUCCAGAUAUGGAUGUUAAAAUACAAAGAGGUGACCUUAAAAUAUCUGGUCCUAAGGUAGACAUGGAAUCUCCAGAGAUUGAUAUUGAGAGGAAAACAAAGGAUUCAAAAUUUAAGAUGCCUUCAAUGCAUCCACCAAAAAUGUCAAUGCCCGAUGUUGAUCUACAUUUUAAGGGUCCCACGUGGAAGAGAGAACUAGAUAUUUCUGGUCCUAAAGUAGAAGGAAGUUUAAAAAGUCCAGAUAUAGAGGUUAAAACAACAGAAGUAGAUAUUGAAGGCACAGAUGGGAAAAUCAAAGGACCCAAAUUCAACAUACCAUCUAUGAAUUUUAAUUUGCCAAAAAUGUCAAAGCCAGAUGUUGAUUUAAACCUGAAAGGACCAAAAUGGAAAGGUGAAGCUGACAUAUCUGGUCCAAAGGUUGAUAUUAAGGGACCAGAGGUUGAUCUUAAUGCUCCAGAUGUAGAUAUAGAUGGAAAAGUGAAGGGUCCCACAUUACAGAUGCCAUCAAUUCCUAAAGUAUCCAUGCCUGAUAUUGAUUUGAAUUUAAAAGGCCCUAAAGUAGAAGGGGAUUUUAAAGGUCCUAAAGUUGACAUUAAGGGGCCAGAAGUUGAUCUUGAUGUGCCAAAUGUAGAUAUUGAAGGCAAAGGGAAAUUUAGAAUGCCCAAGUUCAGGUUACCCAAGUUUGGUAUGUCUAGUACAAAGGUUGAGGGAUCAGACAUGGAUAUAAAUGUGCCAAAAUGUGAGCUUGAUGUCUCUGGUCCAAAAGUAGAUGUUGAGUUACCAGAUAUUGACAUUGAGGGCCCAGAAGGGAAAGUGAAAGGUCCCAAAUUCAAGAUGCCAUCAAUGCAAUCAAUGCAUCUUCCUAAUGUGUCCAUGCCUGAUAUGGAUUGGAAUCUAAAAGGUCCUAAAGUAGAAGGGGAUUUGAAAGGUCCUAAAGUUGACAUUAAGGGGCCAGAGGUUGAUCUUGAUGUGCCAGAUGUAGAUAUUGAUGGAAAAGUGAAGGGUCCCAAAUUCAAGAUGCCUAAAGUGUCCAUGCCUGAUAUUGAUUGGAAUCUGAAAGGUCCUAAAGUAGAAGGUGAUUUGAAAGGUCCUAAAGUUGACAUUAAGGGGCCAGAGGUUGAUCUUGAUGUGCCAGAUGUAGAUAUUGAUGGAAAAGUGAAGGGUCCCAAAUUCAAGAUGCCUAAAGUGUCCAUGCCUGAUAUUGAUUUGAAUCUGAAAGGCCCUAAAGUAGAAGGAGAUUUGAAAGGUCCUAAAGUUGACAUUAAGGGGCCAGAGGUUGAUUUUGAUGCUCCAGAUGUAGAUAUCGAUGGAAAGGUGAAGGGUCCCAAAUUCAAGAUGCCAACGAUGCCAUCAAUGCAUUUUCCUAAAGUGUCCAUGCCUGAUAUGGAUUGGAAUCUGAAAGGUCCUAAAGUAGAAGGGGAUUUGAAAGGUCCUAAAGUUGACAUUAAGGGGCCAGAGGUUGAUCUUGAUGUGCCAGAUGUAGAUAUUGAUGGAAAAGUGAAGGGUCCCAAAUUCAAGAUGCCUAAAGUGUCCAUGCCUGAUAUUGAUUUGAGUCUGAAAGGCCCUAAAGUAGAAGGGGAUUUGAAAGGUCCUAAAGUUGACAUUAAGGGGCCAGAAGUUGAUCUUGAUGCUCCAGAUGUAGAUAUUGAUGGAAAAGUGAAGGGUCUCAAAUUCAAGAUGCCUAAAGUGUCCAUGCCUGAUAUGGAUUGGAAUCUGAAAGGCCCUAAAGUAGAAGGUGAUUUGAAAGGUCCUAAAGUUGACAUUAAGGGGCCAGAGGUUGAUCUUGAUGUGCCAGAUGUAGAUAUUGAUGGAAAAGUGAAGGGUCCCAAAUUCAAGAUGCCUAAAGUGUCCAUGCCUGAUAUUGAUUUGAGUCUGAAAGGCCCUAAAGUAGAAGGUGAUUUGAAAGGUCCUAAAGUUGACAUUAAGGGGCCGGAGGUUGAUCUUGAUGUGCCAGAUGUAGAUAUUGAUGGAAAAGUGAAGGGUCACAAAUUCAAGAUGCCUAAAGUGUCCAUGCCUGAUAUGGAUUGGAAUCUAAAAGGCCCUAAAGUGGAAGGGGAUUUGAAAGGUCCUAAAGUUGACAUUAAGAGGCCAGAGGUUGAUCUUGAUGUGCCAGAUGUAGAUAUUGAUGGAAAAGUGAAGGGUCACAAAUUCAAGAUGCCUAAAGUGUCCAUGCCUGAUAUUGAUUUGAGUCUGAAAGGCCCUAAAGUAGAAGGUGAUUUGAAAGGUCCUAAAGUUGACAUUAAGGGGCCAGAGGUUGAUCUUGAUGCGCCAGAUGUAGAUAUUGAAGGCAAAGGGAAAUUUAGAAUGCCCAAGUUCAGGUUACCCAAGUUUGGUAUGUCUAGUACAAAGGUUGAGGGAUCAGACAUUGAUAUAAAUGUGCCAAAAUGUGAGCUUGAUGUCUCAGGUCCAAAAGUAGAUGUUGAGUUACCAGAUAUUGACAUUGAGGGCCCAGAAGGGAAAGUGAAAGGUCCCAAAUUUAAGAUGCCAUCAAUGCCAACAAUGCAUGUCCCUAAAGUGUCCAUGCCUGAUAUGGAUUGGAAUCUAAAAGGCCCAAAAGCAGAAGGGGAUUUGAAAGGUCCUAAAGUUGACAUUAAGGGGCCAGAGGUUGAUCUUGAUGUGCCAGAUGUAGAUAUUGAUGGAAAAGUGAAGGGUCCCAAAUUCAAGAUGCCUAAAGUGUCCAUGCCUGAUAUUGAUUUGAGUCUGAAAGGCCCUAAAGUAGAAGGUGAUUUGAAAGGUCCUAAAGUUGACAUUAAGGGGCCAGAGGUUGAUCUUAAUGCUCCAAAUGUAGAUAUUGAUGGAAAAGUGAAAGGUCCUAAAUUCAAGAUGCCAUCAAUGCAAUCAAUGCAUCUUCCUAAAGUGUCCAUGCCUGAUAUGGAUUGGAAUCUAAAAGGCCCUAAAGUAGAAGGGGAUUUGAAAGGUCCUAAAGUUGACAUCAAGGGGCCAGAGGUUGAUCUUGAUGUGCCUGAUGUAGAUAUUGAUGGAAAAGUGAAGGGUCCCAAAUUCAAGAUGCCUAAAGUGUCCAUGCCUGAUAUUGAUUUGAGUCUGAAAGGCCCUAAAGUAGAAGGUAAUUUGAAAGGUCCUAAAGUUGACAUCAAGGAACCGGAGGUUGAUCUUGAUGUGCCAGAUGUAGAUAUUGAUGGAAAAGUGAAGGGUCCCAAAUUCAAGAUGCCUAAAGUGUCCAUGCCUGAUAUGGAUUGGAAUCUAAAAGGCCCUAAAGUGGAAGGGGAUUUGAAAGGUCCUAAAGUAGACAUUAAGAGGCCAGAGGUUGAUCUUGAUGUGCCAGAUGUAGAUAUUGAUGGAAAAGUGAAGGGUCACAAAUUCAAGAUGCCUAAAGUGUCCAUGCCUGAUAUUGAUUUGAGUCUGAAAAACCCUAAAGUAGAAGGUGAUUUGAAAGGUCCUAAAGUUGACAUUAAGGGGCCAGAGGUUGAUCUUGAUGCUCCAGAUGUAGAUAUUGAUGGAAAAGUGAAAGGUCCUAAAUUCAAGAUGCCAUCAAUGCAAGCAAUGCAUCUUCCUAAAGUGUCCAUGCCUGAUAUGGAUUGGAAUCUAAAAGGCCCUAAAGUAGAAGGGGAUUUGAAAGGUCCUAAAGUUGACAUUAAGGGGCCAGAAGUUGAUCUUGAUGCGCCAGAUGUAGAUAUUGAAGGCAAAGGGAAAUUUAGAAUGCCCAAGUUCAGGUUACCCAAGUUUGGUAUGUCUAGUACAAAGGUUGAGGGAUCUGACAUUGAUAUAAAUGUGCCAAAAUGUGAGCUUGAUGUCUCUGGUCCAAAAGUAGAUGUUGAGUUACCAGAUAUUGACAUUGAGGGCCCAGAAGGGAAAGUGAAAGGUCCCAAAUUCAAGAUGCCAUCAAUGCCAUCAGUGCAUGUUCCUAAAGUGUCCAUGCCUGAUAUGGAUUGGAAUCUAAAAGGCCCUAAAGUAGAAGGGGAUUUGAAAGGUCCUAAAGUUGACAUUAAGGGGCCAGAGGUUGAUCUUGAUGUGCCAGAUGUAGAUAUUGAUGGAAAAGUGAAGGGUCCCAAAUUCAAGAUGCCUAAAGUGUCCAUGCCUGAUAUGGAUUGGAAUCUAAAAGGCCCUAAAGUAGAAGGGGAUUUGAAAGGUCCUAAAGUUGACAUUAAGGGGCCAGAGGUUGAUCUUGAUGUGCCAGAUGUAGAUAUUGAUGGAAAAGUAAAGGGUCCCAAAUUCAAGAUGCCUAAAGUGUCCAUGCCUGAUAUUGAUUUGAGUCUGAAAGGCCCUAAAGUAGAAUGUGAUUUGAAAGGUCCUAAAGUUGACAUUAAGGGGCCGGAGGUUGAUCUUGAUGCUCCAGAUGUAGAUAUUGAUGGAAAAGUGAAAGGUCCUAAAUUCAAGAUGCCAUCGAUGCCAUCGAUGCCAUCAAUGCAAUCAAUGCAUCUUCCUAAAGUGUCCAUGCCUGAUAUGGAUUGGAAUCUAAAAGGCCCUAAAGUAGAAGGGGAUUUGAAAGGUCCUAAAGUUGACAUUAAGGGGCCAGAGGUUGAUCUUGAUGUGCCAGAUGUAGAUAUUGAUGGAAAAGUGAAGGGUCCCAAAUUCAAGAUGCCAUCGAUGCCAUCAAUGCAAUCAAUGCAUCUUCCUAAAGUGUCCAUGCCUGAUAUUGAUUUGAGUCUGAAAAGCCCUAAAGUAGAAGGGGAUUUGAAAGGUCCUAAAGUUGACAUUAAGGGGCCAGAGGUUGAUCUUGAUGCUCCAGAUGUAGAUAUUGAUGGAAAAGUGAAAGGUCCUAAAUUCAAGAUGCCAUCGAUGCCAUCAAUGCAAUCAAUGCAUCUUCCUAAAGUGUCCAUGCCUGAUAUGGAUUGGAAUCUAAAAGGCCCUAAAGUAGAAGGGGAUUUGAAAGGUCCUAAAGUUGACAUUAAGGGGCCAGAGGUUGAUCUUGAUGUGCCAGAUGUAGAUAUUGAUGGAAAAGUGAAGGGUCCCAAAUUCAAGAUGCCUAAAGUGUCCAUGCCUGAUAUUGAUUUGAGUCUGAAAAGCCCUAAAGUAGAAGGGGAUUUGAAAGGUCCUAAAGUUGACAUUAAGGGGCAAGAGGUUGAUCUUGAUGUGCCAGAUGUAGAUAUUGAUGGAAAAGUGAAGGGUCCCAAAUUCAAGAUGCCUAAAGUGUCCAUGCCUGAUAUUGAUUUGAGUCUGAAAGGCCCUAAAGUAGAAGGGGAUUUGAAAGGUCCUAAAGUUGACAUUAAGGGGCCAGAAGUUGAUCUUGAUGCGCCAGAUGUAGAUAUUGAAGGCAAAGGGAAAUUUAGAAUGCCCAAGUUCAGGUUACCCAAGUUUGGUAUGUCUAGUACAAAGGUUGAGGGAUCAGACAUUGAUAUAAAUGUGCCAAAAUGUGAGCUUGAUGUCUCUGGUCCAAAAGUAGAUGUUGAGUUACCAGAUAUUGACAUUGAGGGCCCAGAAGGGAAAGUGAAAGGUCCCAAAUUCAAGAUGCCAUCAAUGCCAUCAAUGAAUGUUCCUAAAGUGUCCAUGCCUGAUAUGGAUUGGAAUCUAAAAGGCCCUAAAGUAGAAGGGGAUUUGAAAGGUCCUAAAGUUGACAUUAAGGGGCCGGAGGUUGAUCUUGACGCUCCAGAUGUAGAUAUUGAUGGAAAAGUGAAAGGUCCUAAAUUCAAGAUGCCAUCAAUGCAAUCAAUGCAUCUUCCUAAAGUGUCCAUGCCUGAUAUGGAUUGGAAUCUAAAAGGCCCUAAAGUAGAAGGGGAUUUGAAAGGUCCUAAAGUUGACAUUAAGGGGCCAGAGGUUGAUAUUGAUGGGCCAGAAUUUGAUCUUGAUGCGCCAGAUGUAGAUAUUGAAGGCAAAGGGAAAUUUAGAAUGCCCAAGUUCAGGUUACCCAAGUUUGGUAUGUCUAGUACAAAGGUUGAGGGAUCAGACAUUGAUAUAAAUGUGCCAAAAUGUGAGCUUGAUGUCUCUGGUCCAAAAGUAGAGGUUGAGUUACCAGAUAUUGACAUUGAGGGCCCAGAAGGGAAAGUGAAAGGUCCCAAAUUCAAGAUGCCAUCAAUGCCAACAAUGCAUGUUCCUAAAGUGUCCAUGCCUGAUAUUGAUUUAAGUUUGAAAGGCCCUAAAAUGGAAGGUGAUUUGAAAGGUGCUAAAGUUGACAUUAAGGGGCCAGAGGUUGAUCUUGAUGCUCCAGAUGUAGAUAUUGAUGGAAAAGUGAAGGGUCCCAAAUUCAAGAUGCCUAAAGUGUCCAUGCCUGAUAUUGAUUUGAAUCUGAAAGGCCCUAAAGUAGAAGGGGAUUUGAAAGGUCCUAAAGUUGACAUUAAGGGGCCGGAGGUUGAUCUAGAUGCGCCAGUUGUAGACAUUGGGGAAGGCAAGGGGAGAUUUAAAAUGCCCAGGUUUAAUUUAUCCAAGUUUCGCAUGUCUGGUCCAAAAGCUGAGGGACCAGACAUUGAUGUAAACUUGCCAAAAGGCGAGCUUAAUGUUUCAGGUCCAAAAGUAGAUGUUGAGGUGCCAGAUGUGGAUAUUGAAUGUCCAGAAGGGAAAGUGAAAGGUCCCAAAUUCAAGAUGCCAUCAAUGCAGCUGCAUAAAAUGUCCAUGCCUGAUGUUGAUUUGAAUCUGAAAGGUCCAAAACUGGAAGGAGAUUUGAAAGGUCCUAAAGUUGACAUCAAGGGGCCAGAGGUUGAUCUUGAAGCUCCAGAUAUAGAUAUUGAAGGGAAAGUGAAAGGUCCCAAAUUCAAGAUGCCAUCAAUGCAAUCAAUGCAUCUUCCUAAAGUGUCCAUGCCUGAUAUGGAUUGGAAUCUAAAAGGUCCUAAAGUAGAAGGGGAUUUGAAAGGUCCUAAAGUUGACAUUAAGGGGCCAGAGGUUGAUCUUGAUGUGCCAGAUGUAGAUAUUGAUGGAAAAGUGAAGGGUCCCAAAUUCAAGAUGCCUAAAGUGUCCAUGCCUGAUAUUGAUUGGAAUCUGAAAGGCCCUAAAGUAGAAGGUGAUUUGAAAGGUCCUAAAGUUGACAUUAAGGGGCCAGAGGUUGAUCUUGAUGUGCCAGAUGUAGAUAUUGAUGGAAAAGUGAAGGGUCCGAAAUUCAAGAUGCCUAAAGUGUCCAUGCCUGAUAUUGAUUUUAAUCUGAAAGGCCCUAAAGUAGAAGGGGAUUUGAAAGGUCCUAAAGUUGACAUUAAGGGGCCAGAGGUUGAUUUUGAUGCUCCAGAUGUAGAUAUCGAUGGAAAGGUGAAGGGUCCCAAAUUCAAGAUGCCAACGAUGCCAUCAAUGCAUUUUCCUAAAGUGUCCAUGCCUGAUAUGGAUUGGAAUCUGAAAGGCCCUAAAGUAGAAGGGGAUUUGAAAGGUCCUAAAGUUGACAUUAAGGGGCCAGAGGUUGAUCUUGAUGUGCCAGAUGUAGAUAUUGAUGGAAAAGUGAAGGGUCCCAAAUUCAAGAUGCCUAAAGUGUCCAUGCCUGAUAUUGAUUUGAAUCUGAAAGGCCCUAAAGUAGAAGGGGAUUUGAAAGGUCCUAAAGUUGACAUUAAGGGGCCAGAGGUUGAUUUUGAUGCUCCAGAUGUAGAUAUAGAUGGAAAGGUGAAGGGUCCCAAAUUCAAGAUGCCAACGAUGCCAUCAAUGCAUUUUCCUACAGUGUCCAUGCCUGAUAUGGAUUGGAAUCUGAAAGGCCCUAAAGUAGAAGGGGAUUUGAAAGGUCCUAAAGUUGACAUUAAGGGGCCAGAGGUUGAUCUUGAUGUGCCAGAUGUAGAUAUAGAUGGAAAAGUGAAGGGUCCCAAAUUCAAGAUGCCUAAAUUGUCCAUGCCUGAUAUUGAUUUGAAUCUGAAAGGCCCUAAAGUAGAAGGGGAUUUGAAAGGUCCUAAAGUUGACAUUAAGGGGCCAGAGGUUGAUUUUGAUGCUCCAGAUGUAGAUAUAGAUGGAAAGGUGAAGGGUCCCAAAUUCAAGAUGCCAACGAUGCCAACAAUGCAUUUUCCUAAAGUGUCCAUGCCUGAUAUGGAUUGGAAUCUGAAAGGCCCUAAAGUAGAAGGGGAUUUGAAAGGUCCUAAAGUUGACAUUAAGGGGCCAGCGGUUGAUCUUGAUGUGCCAGAUGUAGAUAUUGAUGGAAAAGUGAAGGGUCCCAAAUUCAAGAUGCCUAAAGUGUCCAUGCCUGAUAUUGAUUUGAAUCUGAAAGGCCCUAAAGUAGAAGGGGAUUUGAAAGGUCCUAAAGUUGACAUUAAGGGGCCAGAGGUUGAUUUUGAUGCUCCAGAUGUAGAUAUAGAUGGAAAAGUGAAGGGUCCCAAAUUCAAGAUGCCAACGAUGCCAUCAAUGCAUUUUCCUACAGUGUCCAUGCCUGAUAUGGAUUGGAAUCUGAAAGGCCCUAAAGUAGAAGGGGAUUUGAAAGGUCCUAAAGUUGACAUUAAGGGGCCAGAGGUUGAUCUUGAUGUGCCAGAUGUAGAUAUUGAUGGAAAAGUGAAGGGUCCCAAAUUCAAGAUGCCUAAAUUGUCCAUGCCUGAUAUUGAUUUGAAUCUGAAAGGCCCUAAAGUAGAAGGGGAUUUGAAAGGUCCUAAAGUUGACAUUAAGGGGCCAGAGGUUGAUUUUGAUGCUCCAGAUGUAGAUAUAGAUGGAAAGGUGAAGGGUCCCAAAUUCAAGAUGCCAACGAUGCCAACAAUGCAUUUUCCUAAAGUGUCCAUGCCUGAUAUGGAUUGGAAUCUGAAAGGCCCUAAAGUAGAAGGGGAUUUGAAAGGUCCUAAAGUUGACAUUAAGGGGCCAGCGGUUGAUCUUGAUGUGCCAGAUGUAGAUAUUGAUGGAAAAGUGAAGGGUCCCAAAUUCAAGAUGCCUAAAGUGUCCAUGCCUGAUAUGGAUUUGAAUCUGAAAGGCCCUAAAGUAGAAGGGGAUUUGAAAGGUCCUAAAGUUGACAUUAAGGGGCCAGAGGUUGAUUUUGAUGCUCCAGAUGUAGAUAUAGAUGGAAAAGUGAAGGGUCACAAAUUCAAGAUGCCAACAAUGCCAUCAAUGCAUCUUCCUACAGUAUCCAUGCCUGAUAUGGAUUGGAAUCUGAAAGGCCGUAAAGUAGAAGGGGAUUUGAAAGGUCCUAAAGUUGACAUUAAGGGGCCAGAGGUUGAUUUUGAUGCUCCAGAUGUAGAUAUAGAUGGAAAGGUGAAGGGUCCCAAAUUCAAGAUGCCAACAAUGCCAUCAAUGCCUAAAGUGUCCAUGCCUGAUAUAGAUUUAAAUCUGAAAGGCCCUAAUUGGAAAGGGGAUGUAGAUAUGUGUCUCCCCAAAGUAGAAGGAGAAUUUAAAAAGCCAGAAAUUGAAAUGAAAGGUCCACAAAUGGACCUUGAACCACCAGAUGUUGAUUUGGAAGUGGCCGAAGGAAAAAUAAAAAUGCCUAAAUUUAAAAUGCCAAAGUUUGGAUAUUCAGGAUCCAAAAUGGAAGGUUCAGAUGUGGCAGUGAAUCUUUCAAAAGGUGAUCUUGAUAUUUCUGGUACAAAUAUAGACAUUGAAACUCCAGAUUUAGACAUUGAUGGACCAGAAGGUAAAAUAAAGGGGCCUAAAUUGAAGAUGCCCUCAGUGAAUGUAAAUUUGAAUAAAAUGUCCAUGCCUGACAUAGACUUAAAUCUGAAAGGUCCAAAUUGGAAGGGUGGAGCUGAUCUAUCAAUUCCAAAAGUUGAAGGAGAUUUAAAAGGUCCCAAAAUUGAUAUGAAAAGCCCAAAUUUGGAUCUAGAAGUGCCACAAAUUGAUGUUGAAGGUCCAGAAGGAAAACUGAAAAUGCCUAAAUUUAAGUUGCCCAAGUUUGGUUUCUCUAGCCCAAAAUUGGACGGUACAGAUGUAGACAUUAAACUUCCACAAGGAGAUAUUGAUAUCUCAGGACCUACUGUAGACCUGAAAACACCAGAGUUGGACAUAGAGGGCCCUGAAGGUAAAUUGAAAGGAUCCAAAUUCAAAUUACCAUCAGUGAAUGUAAACCAACCUAAAGUAUCUAUGCUAGACAGUGAUAUGAAUUUUAAAAGUCCCAAGCUGAAAGUUGACUUGAGUACACCUGAAGUAAAUUUAGAAGGGGAUUUAAAAACACCUGAAUUUGAUGUGAAAAGCCCUGAUAUUGAAAUUCCAAGUCCUAGUCUUUCAGUUGAUUUGCCAGAAGGAAAAUUAAAAGGCUCCAGAUUUAAGUUACCCUCAUGGGGUUUUUCAAAACCCACCAUUUCCAUGCCAGAUGCUGACCUGCAUCUUAAAGGACCUAAAGUUAAGGGUGACUUUGAUGCAUCACUUUCAAAGGGUGGUAGCCUCAAAAGUCCUGAUUUGGAUAUUAGUGGCCCAAAGGUAGGCAUCGAUGUUCCAGAAGCAAAGGUUAAAAAAUCCAGAUUUAAGAUGCCCAAGUUCAACUUCUCAGGUUCUAAGGCACAGACAUCAACUGCAGAUGUGAAACUUCCUAAAGCAGACAUUGAUGUCAGUGGACCUGAUGUGAAUAUUCCUUCCCUAGAAGCAAAAGGGAAAAGUCCUAAAUUCAAAAUGCCCUCAUUAAGCAUAACAAGUCCAAAGGUUUCUGUGCCUGAUGUUGAAUUAAAUGUAAAAGGGCCAAAGUUAAAGGGAGACAUGGAUGUUACAGUUCCGAAUAUUGAAGGAGAAUUAAAAGGGCCAAAGGUUGAUGUAAUUGCACCAAGUGUACAUAUAGAGACUCCCGAUACUGAUUUAGAAGGCCCUGAUGUGAAAGGGAAAAUAAAGAUGCCAAAAUUCAGCCUACCAAAAUUUGGAAUUUCUGCUUCCAAAUUUGAAACUCCAGAUAUUGAUGUAAAAUUGCCACAAGGAGAAAUUGAUGCAUCUGGUCCUAAACUAGAUGUUGAGGUACCAGAUAUAGAUAUUGAAUGUCCAGAAGGGAAAGUGAAGGGUCCCAAAUUCAAGAUGCCUAAAGUGUCCAUGCCUGAUAUUGAUUUUAAUCUGAAAGGCCCUAAAGUAGAAGGGGAUUGGAAAGGUCCUAAAGUUGACAUUAAGGGGCCAGAGGUUGAUUUUGAUGCUCCAGAUGUAGAUAUAGAUGGAAAGGUGAAGGGUCCCAAAUUCAAGAUGCCAACGAUGCCAUCAAUGCAUCUUCCUACAGUGUCCAUGCCUGAUAUGGAUUGGAAUCUGAAAGGCCCUAAAGUAGAAGGGGAUUUGAAAGGUCCUAAAGUUGACAUUAAGGGGCCAGCGGUUGAUCUUGAUGUGCCAGAUGUAGAUAUUGAUGGAAAAGUGAAGGGUCCCAAAUUCAAGAUGCCUAAAGUGUCCAUGCCUGAUAUUGAUUUGAAUCUGAAAGGCCCUAAAGUAGAAGGGGAUUUGAAAGGUCCUAAAGUUGACAUUAAGGGGCCAGAGGUUGAUUUUGAUGCUCCAGAUGUAGAUAUUGAUGGAAAAGUGAAGGGUCCCAAAUUCAAGAUGCCUAAAGUGUCCAUGCCUGAUAUGGAUUGGAAUCUGAAAGGCCCUAAAGUAGAAGGGGAUUUAAAAGGUCCUAAAGUUGACAUUAAGGGGCCAGAAGUUGAUCUUGAUGCUCCAGAUGUAGAUAUUGAUGGAAAAGUGAAGGGUCUCAAAUUCAAGAUGCCUAAAGUGUCCAUGCCUGAUAUGGAUUGGAAUCUAAAAGGCCCUAAAGUAGAAGGGGAUUUGAAAGGUCCUAAAGUUGACAUUAAGGGGACAGAAGUUGAUCUUGAUGCUCCAGAUGUAGAUAUUGAUGGAAAAGUGAAGGGUCCCAAAUUCAAGAUGCCUAAAGUGUCCAUGCCUGAUAUGGAUUGGAAUCUAAAAGGCCCUAAAGUAGAAGGGGAUUUGAAAGGUCCUAAAGUUGACAUUAAGGGGCCAGAGGUUAACCUUGGUGCUCCAGAUGUAGAUCUAGAUGGAAAAGUGAAGGGUUCUAAAUUCAACAUGCCAUCAAUUAAUUUCCCUAAAGUGUCCAUGCCUGACAUUGACCUUAACCUAAAGGGUCCUAAAUUGGAAGGGGACAUAAAAUGUCCCAAAGUUGACAUCAAGGGGCCAGAAGUUGAUCUUGAAGCUCCAGAUGUAGAUAUUGAAGGCAAGGGGAAAUUUAAAAUGCCCAAAUUCAAUUUACCUAAUUUUGGUAUAUCAGGCACAAAGCUUGAGGGACCAGACAUUGAUGUAAACUUGCCAAAAGUUGAUCUUGAUAUAUCUGGUCCAAAAGUAGAUGUUGAAGUACCAGAUAUAGACAUUGGAUGUCCAGAAGGGAAAGUGAAAGGUCCCAAAUUUAAGAUGCCCUCAAUAAAUGCCAAUUUACCAAAAAUGUCCAUGCCAGAUAUUCACCUAAAAGGUCCUAAAGUGGAAGGAGAUUUGAAAGGCCCCAAAGUUGACAUCAAGGGACCGGAGUUUGAUAUUAAUGCUCCAGAUGUAGAUAUAGAUGGAAAAGUGAAGGGUUCGAAAUUCAAGAUGCCACCAAUGGAUCUGCCUAAAGUAUCCAUGCCUGAUAUUGAUUUGAAUUUGAAAGGCCCUAAGGUGGAAGGAGAUUUGAAAGCUCCUAAAGUUGACAUCAAGGGGCCCGAGGUUGACCUUGGUGCUUCAGAGAUAGAUAUAGAUGGCAAAAUGAAAGGUCCUUCAUUUCAGAUGUCUUCAAUAAAUCUUCCUAAAGUGUCAGUGCCUGAUUUUGAUUUGAACUUGAAAGGUCCCAACUGGAAAGGUGAUGUUUCUAGUCCUAAGAUAGAAGGUGAUCUAUCUGGUCCCAAGGUUGACAUCAAGGGCCCAGGAUUUGAUGUAGAUGGGCCAGAAGUAAAAAUGCCUAAAUUUAAAAUGUCCAAGUUUGGUUUCUCAGAACCAAAAGUGGAAGGUCCAGAGUUAGAUGUCAAACUUUCCAAAGGUGACCUUGAUAUUACUGGUCCUAAGGUAGAUCUAGAAUCCCCAGAAGUGAACAUCAGUGGUCCAGAGGGAAAAGUAAAAGGUUCCAAAUUCAAGAUACCUUCCAAAAACGUGAACCUACCAGGCAUGGACAUUAAUCUUAAGGGACCCAAAGUUAGGGGAGAUGCCUAUCUUUCAGGUCCAAACUUAGGAGAUAUAGACUUGAAAGGAAAUGUAGAUAUUGACAUCAAGAAACCUGAUAUGAAUAUUGAGACUCCAGAUAUUAGCUUGAAAACUCAAGACAUGGAAAUUGAGGGCCAAGGCGGUAAUCUGAAAAUGCCCAAAGUGAAAAAAUCUAAGUUUGGCUUUGGCAUGAAAUCCCCUAAAGCAGAGGUAAAAACACAGUCAUUGGAUGUCACUACUCCUGAUGUGGAAUUAGAUGCAGAGGUUCCUGACAUAGACAUUGGAAGUAAGGGGAAGAGAAGUAAAUUUAAAAUGCCUAAAAUACAUAUGAGUGGCCCUAAAAUAAAGGGAAAAAAAGGUGGGUUUGAUGUUAGCACAUCAGAUGUAGACAGUGACCUAAAUCUGAAUGCCCCUGAUUUGGAUGUCAACCUUUCAGGUGGCGCUGCAGAUCUUGGUGCAAAGGCACCAAAAACCCGCAAACCCCUUUUUGGAAAAAUGUAUUUCCCUGAUGUAGAAUUUGAUCUAAAAUCUCCAAAGUUAAAAGGAGAUGCAUCCCUUCAAAGUCCUAAAGCGGAUUUAAAGACUCCAGAUCUAGAAAUUGAGGGUGACCUAAAAACACCAGAGGGUGAUCUGUCUUCUUGUGGAGUUGAGAUUGAAGGUCAUGAUAUAAAAGUAAAGAAACCCAAAUUUAAACUACCAACGUUCAGUUUAUCAGGCUCGAAGGUGCCGGAAGCUGAUCUCAUCCUCUCUAGCCCAAAACUUACAGGAGAUGUGAAUGCUCCUAGUAUGGAUGUUACCCUCAGUACCACAGAUGUUAAUCUUAAAGCACCCAGUGUUUCAGUAGACAGUUCAAUGUCAGGGAUUUCAGUUCCAAACGUAGAUGUGAACUUGAAAGGGCCGAAAGAAAAUGUAGACUUUGAAGCCCCUAGUGUUGAUAUUUUAGGAUCAAGUGGCAAAGGAAAAAUUCCCAAGUUUGGUGUUCCUACAUUUGGGAUCUCUGGCUCCUCUGUGGGUAGAACUGAUGGUAAACUUGAACUAUCUGGGAAUUUAAAAGCUCCAACUGUUGAAAUACCUACUGUUGAUUUAUCUGUUCCGAAAGUUUCCGGUUCUGACUUUGAUAUGAAUUUAAGGGGACCAAAGAUUAAAAGUGAAAUGGACAUUUCUAGUGGUUUCAAAGGAGAGAAAUAUGAUGUUGGGAUUCCAGGAAUUAGUGUGAGAGGUUUAGAUGCUAAUGUUAAUGUGCCCAAAGUUGAACUGUCUGGUCCAAGUUUGCAUGGUCCUGACAAUUUACUUAGUGGCAGUGUUUCUCUUUCUGGGCCAAAGGUGGAACGACCUGAUGCCAAAAUGGAAAUUCCAAAUGUACGUGUGAAAGGACAGGAUAGUGAUUUUACCAUUAAUGUUCCAAAAGGAGAUGCAAUGGGAAAUGUUGACGGAUUUAAAUUUGGUGUGGAGAAACCUUCUACAGAUUUACAAGGUGUACAAGUGAAAAGCGAUCUCUCUGGCAAUGUAAUGGGUGGAGUGCAAUUUAAAGGGUCGGAAGGUUUAAGGAUAGCAGGACCAAACAUAACAUCAGGCCUUUCUGGAGUAGGAGUAAAUGUCAGUAGCACACAGAGAUACAUUGGAGACCCUGUUGGAAUAGUUACUUUUCCCAGACUUAUGAUGCCUAAAUUUACAAGUUCUGGACCUGAACUCACUGGGAGGGAGGUAGGAGUUGAUGUUGAUUUUCCAAAGGCCAAUGUAAGCUUAGGGACAUCUAGUCAAGCUGAUUUAGAACUAGGAGAAGGUGACAUUAAAAUCAAAAAGUCAAAGAUAAAAAUGCCAAAGUUCAACUUCUCAAAAGCAAAGGGUAAAAAUGAUUCCAGUCUCACAGAUGUUUCCAUAACUGGGUCAAAGGGUGAUUUGAAAAGCUCAAAGGCUAGUUUGGGAUCGGCUGAAGGUGCUGUAGGGUCUUCUGGGUUAGAGGUAGAAAGUGGAGUUAGUGUGCCCCCUGCAAAGUAUGAAUUUUCAUUGUUUACCAGCAGUAAGUCAAGACAUAGGUCUUCCUCCCUUAGUGAAGAGAUGGAUGGUUCUACUCAGUCGUCACCAAGUGGAACUCUAGAGGCAGAAGGUGGUGUGUCUGUAGAGGGUGGCAAAAAGAAGGGCAAGCAUUCAAAGAUCAAGUUUGGCACUUUUGGUGGUAUAGGAUCUAAGUCAAAGGGUUCUUAUGAGGUCACGUUAAGUGAUGAUGAAAACGUUCAGGGGAGUGGGGCAUCUCUGUCCUCCCGUAAAUCUAGAGUGUCCUCCUCCUCAAGCAAUGACAGUGCCACAAAGGCAGGUUUGCGGUUGCCCAAGGUAGAGCUGACUGUUGCCAAAAAGAAAGAGUAGAUUGUUCCCCUUUUUUAUGAUCCCGAGCAUGUAAAUACAUAUAUAUAAUUGUGUGUUUGUACAUACAUUUUUGCAACAUUUAUAUGAUUCUAAGGUUCUUGGCAGAAAAGUAGAGAUACAGUACUUUGAGAGGAAACGAUAUAUAUAUAUAUAUAUAUAUAUAUAUAUCAAUCUUCAACUGUCAAAUUCCAUGCACACCUUAACCCCUUCCCUGCCAGUGAGACUUAAAAAUGUAUUUCUGGCAUGGUAGUGGCUUAAUUAUCUAUUUUGAUAUAAUGGUUGUACAUGGAAAUAUAUUUUUCCAUAUAUUUUUGUUAACUUGCUUACAGCUUUAUUUUUUCUCUUGUGGGGCUUUACAAAUGCAACUUGGUUUAUUAAAGAUACUGUAAAGUGCAUUGAACCAGUGGGAAGUUGGCAUUAAGGGGGAUUCUUAUGGCAAAUAUGAUUGUAACUCAGCAGCUGUAGUUAUUGUAAAACAACUGUACCAGUUUGAAACUUUGUGUAAAUAUUUUUUUUUCCGAUUAUUAAACAUCCACCUCCCACUAUUCAGAUUUUUGAAAUAAAAUAUA